AUGCCUGUUCGCAAGCAUGUGACCGAGGACACCGGCGGCGCCGUUGCCGGGACCUCGCGGCGCCGGUCCGGCCGAAUUUCUAGCGCGCCAAAGAAGAGCUCAUACUGGGAAAGCGCAGACGAUGAGAGCGAUGACGAGAAGCCGGUGAAGAAAAAGGCCAAGGUGAAGAAUAGUGGCAGCCGCGUAAAGCAGAAGCAAGACAGCGACGAGGAUGAGUAUACGGCAGAGGCGCAGCUAGCAGCAGAGGCAGAGGAGGAGGAAGAAGAGGAAGAGGAAGAGGACGAGGAAGAGGAUGAUGAGAAUAGGAAAAUGAAGGUCACUAUUGUGCCGUUGGAGAAGCUGAGAGAUGAUGGGGGCGUGCCGUACGAGGAUCACAAAUACCGGCGCGCCUUCAAAGACUGGACCACCUUUGUCGACCUCACCACCCAGACCGUCUCCGACGCCGACGCCACCAUCCCCGAGCUGCCCUCCAAGGACGUCGUCUUUCGCAUCUACCGCGACACGCGCUUCAGCAAGGACCCCACGCCCUACAAGCCGCACUUUUCCGUCGCCUGGUCGCGCACCGGCCGCAAGGGGCCCUACGCCUGCUACUAUGUCCAUCUCGAACCGGGACGCGGAAAGUCGUUUAUUGGCGGCGGGCUGUGGCAUCCGGAAGCGGCGCACGUGCAAAAGAUGAGGAGGAGCAUUGACCGGCAUCCGGAGCGGUGGCGGGCGGUGCUGGGGGAGGAACGGUUUCGGAGGGUGUUUUUUCCCGGGGUGGUGGACGGGAAAAAGGGCGUGGAGGCGGUGGUGAAGGCGUUUGUGGGAAAGAAUCAGAUGAAUGCGCUGAAAAAGAAGCCAAUGGGAUACGAUGCAACGCAUCGCGACAUUGAGUUGCUCAAGCUCAAGAACUAUACCGUCGGUAUACCGUUUGACGAGGAGAUGCUGUGCAAGGACAAUGUGCAGGAGGUAAUCGGCGAGUACAUUCGUGCCAUGGAGGGAUAUAUUACGUUUGUUAAUAGCAUCGUCAUGCCGGAUCCUGGUCUCGACGAAAGCGAUAGUGACGACGAUGACGACGACGACGACGACGACGAAGAUGAAGACGAGGCAGAAAACGAGAACGAACCAUGA